AUGCCGGUGGAGCAGCCCAGCUGUACGCUGCACCGGGGGGUCAAGGAGAGCCGCAGGUGGUUUCGGUACCACGUUGGCCAGACGCUGUUCCACGUGGUGCAGGUGGUGCUGGGCUACAUGGUGAUGCUGGCCGUCAUGUCCUACAACGCCUGGAUCUUCCUCGGGGCCAUCGCGGGCUCCACGCUGGGCUAUUUCGUGGUGUACCCCCUGCUGGGUCGGGGCUAG